AUGAAGAGGAAACAGAAGAGAUUUCUGCAGAUGACUUUGUUAUUCAUGGUGGCUUUAAUUUUCCUGCCCAAUAUCGGCCUCUGGUCUCUAUACAAGGAGAAGCACCUGGUGAAAUCCCCUGAGCCCGGGGAGCCGCAGACAUUCCCACUGGGCCUGGGAGAUGGGCAGUUCUAUGCAUGGACAGAUGGUUUGAGAAGAAAGGACUGGCAUGACUAUGGCAGCAUGCAGAAAGAGGCUAUGCGCUCAGGGAAAGGGGAACAUGGAAAACCUUACCCCCUCACUGAGGAGGACCAUGAUGACUCAGCUUACAGGGAAAACGGUUUCAAUAUUUUCGUCAGCAACAACAUCGCUCUAGAGAGGUCCCUGCCAGAUAUCCGGCACGCCAACUGUAAGCACAAGAUGUACCUGGAAAGGCUGCCAAACACCAGCAUCAUUAUCCCGUUCCAUAACGAAGGCUGGACCUCCCUCCUCCGGACCAUACACAGCAUCAUCAACCGGACCCCGGAGAGUCUGAUCGCAGAAAUCAUCCUGGUUGAUGACUUCAGUGAUAGAGAACACUUGAAGGAGAAGCUGGAAGAGUACAUGGCUCGGUUUUCCAAAGUGAGGAUUGUCCGCACCAGGAAAAGGGAAGGGCUGAUCCGGACCCGACUCCUGGGGGCGUCCAUGGCCAGAGGCGAGGUCCUGACGUUCCUCGACUCCCACUGUGAGGUCAACGUCAACUGGCUGCCCCCGCUCCUCGACCAAAUUGCACUAAACCACAAGACCAUUGUUUGCCCCAUGAUCGACGUCAUCGACCACAAUCACUUUGGGUACGAGGCGCAAGCCGGGGAUGCCAUGCGUGGUGCCUUCGACUGGGAAAUGUACUACAAGAGGAUCCCCAUCCCACCAGAGCUGCAGAGGGCGGACCCCAGUGACCCUUUUGAGUCUCCCGUUAUGGCUGGAGGUCUCUUUGCCGUGGAUCGCAAAUGGUUUUGGGAGUUGGGUGGCUAUGAUCCAGGUCUGGAGAUCUGGGGAGGAGAGCAGUAUGAAAUUUCUUUCAAGGUCUGGAUGUGUGGAGGAGAAAUGUUUGACGUUCCAUGUUCCAGGGUCGGUCAUAUCUACAGAAAGUACGUCCCUUAUAAAGUUCCAUCUGGGACCAGCCUGGCGAGAAACCUGAAGCGGGUGGCAGAGACCUGGAUGGACGAGUUCGCCGAGUACAUUUACCAGCGGCGCCCGGAGUACCGGCACCUGUCCCCCGGGGACCUCUCGGCGCAGAAGGAGCUGCGCAGACAGCUCAAGUGCAAGGACUUCAAGUGGUUCAUGGCAGCCGUGGCCUGGGAUGUGCCCAAGUACUACCCUCCGGUGGAGCCCCCGCCCGCAGCCUGGGGGGAGCUUCGAAACGUGGCAGCAAACCUCUGUGUGGACAGCAAGCAUGGAGCCACAGGGACCGAGUUAAGGCUGGACAUCUGUGUCAAGGACGGUUCUGAGAGGACCUGGUCUCAUGAGCAGCUCUUCACCUUCGGCUGGAGAGAGGAUAUCCGGCCAGGCGAGCCCCUGCACACUCGGAAGUUCUGCUUCGAUGCCGUGUCCCACAGCAGCCCCGUCACUCUCUACGACUGUCAUGGCAUGAAGGGGAACCAGCUCUGGGGCCAUCGGAAGGACAGAACGUUGUUCCAUCCUGUGAGUAACAGCUGCAUGGACUGUAACCCUGCAGAGAAGAAGAUCUUCAUGGCCAGAUGCGAUCCUCUCUCAGAGACUCAGCAGUGGGUUUUUGAACAUAUUAAUAUGACUAUUUUAGAAAAAUUUAACUACCAUGCCAGUUCCUAG